CUCACUCCAGUACUCGGAAGCCUUGAGCUAAUCGAAAUAUUUGUCUCCAAGUUAGAUAUUCGCUUUGGUCAAAGUGUGUGACACAUUUGCUAGCGUAAUUCCUUUUACUUUCUAGUCUUCAAGUUAACAUUUCAUCGCUCACUUCUGUCAUUAAGUUAGACACUCCAUUGAGUGUUUGCAUUGGACUCUUAAGUGUUUAGUGCUAUUAUUAUCAAGUGUCAAAAAAGACACAGUGAGUUAGUGGAGAUUUAACAAGAAGCUAAAUGACUUUGUCUGUUUUAUACUAACUCAAAAGCUGAAAUCAAAGAUUCAAGUUGAAGUUAAUGUGAAAAUUGUCAUUUAUCAGCUCAAAUUGACACGAAAAUUGAUAAUCAAGUAUGAGCGUAGUUUUAACAACGAUGGAAAGUGCGUACAGCCUGAGGCUAGGCUUGAGUGCUCAUCAUCACUCUCACCACCUUCAUCAUCACCACCAUCAUCAUCAUCAACUACGAUCACCGUCGCCUCCAGCGAGCCAUGUAGGUCAUCAACCGAUGCAUCAUCAAGACGAUGAAGCAUCACUACGAUUUAGCAUCGUUAAUAUUUUGAAACCAGACUUCGGUCGCGAUGCAAUUUUGAGCAAGUCUACCAUUAAACCUAGCCUAUCACUUGCAAGCACGACGUCCUUGAGCAGUCAAUUGUCAUGUCACAGCUCACUAGGAAUUGCACGAGACUUGAGCCAUUCAUCGUGCACGAAACUCUCAUCUCCCCAAUCUCCCGCCUCAAGCAGUUCAACAACUACGUCAACAACGUCUUACGCGGUUCACCGUGAUAGGGAAUACUUUCAGGAUGCUAUUUCACCACUACAAAGGCAUUCAGCGGGAUUAAGUAGAAGUGGAAGCCUAGAGAGUCUCGCAAGUAACCGCAGCUCUGUAACAGGCUGCUCCCUAACUGGUACACCCUCUUUGUCUUCGGCAGCUUCAACUGUUGGUACUGACUCUGUCAAUGGAGACAGUAUCCCCGGAAGCACCGCUGGAUCACAAACUAGUACGACCACCAACGCAGCUAAUGGUCAAAGUCUUUGGCCUGCGUGGGUCUAUUGUACUAGAUAUUCUGACAGACCCUCUUCUGGACCUAGAACGAGGCGAGUGAAACGAACAAACAGUGAAAAAUCAACAGAUGAAAAAAGACCAAGAACAGCUUUUAGUGGUGAACAAUUAGCAAGAUUGAAGCGUGAAUUUGCGGAAAAUCGAUAUUUGACAGAACAGAGAAGACAGCAAUUAUCAAGGGACUUGGGACUCAAUGAAGCUCAGAUAAAAAUUUGGUUCCAGAAUAAGAGAGCAAAAAUCAAGAAAUCCAGUGGUCAGAAAAACCCAUUAGCUCUACAACUGAUGGCGCAGGGUCUCUAUAAUCAUUCAACAGUACCAGUUGAUGAAGAUGGCGAAGAAAUAAUUGAGACAAAAUCACAGCCACCUCAAUAAUAGGAUCUUGUUAAUUAUUAAUUAGCCCACCGAAUUGACGAUAUUUUGUAAAAAUAAUUUAGAUGUUUAUAGAGCUUUUAUGGUGCCAAACCUUUUGUUGUUGAGACUGUAAUGUCAUUGGACAUUAUAUAGAUUAUUAUUGUCAAUGUAAAUUGAUCAAUCACUAAUUAUUAUAACUUUUGCAAUAUUCUA